CCCUCCUCCUCCUCCUUGCUCCAGGCCAGCACCUUUGCUCCUUUCUCCUUGCUGCAGCCUCCCUCCCCGCCCCGGAGCCAGCCAUGUCUCGCCAGUCCACCGUCCGCAUCCAGAGGGGCAGAAGCGGCUUCAGCGCCGCCUCGGCCGUGGUCCCCAACUCCUGCAGGACCAGCUUCAGCUCCUGCUCUGUCACCCGGGUUGGAAACUGCAAUGCAGGCAGUGGCUUUGCUAGGGUUGGUGGUGGCUUUGGAAGCAAAAGCCUCUACAACGUUGGUGGAUGCAAGAGGAUCUCUGUGGCUGGCCGGGGUGGGAGCUUCUAUGGAUCUGCAGGGCUCGGUGCGGGUAGUGCCUACGGUGGGGGCUUUGGAUACGGUGCCUUUGGUGGUGGCUUGGGGGGCCCUGGAUUCCCAGCUGGGGGCAUCCACGAAGUCUCCAUCAACCAGAACCUCCUGAAGCCUCUCAACCUGGAGAUCGACCCCAGCAUCCAGCGGAUCCGGAAGGAGGAGAAGGAGCAAAUCAAAACCCUCAACAACAAAUUCGCCUCCUUCAUCGACAAGGUCAGAUUCCUGGAGCAGCAGAACAAGGUGCUGGAGACCAAGUGGAGCCUGCUGCAGGAGCAGGGGAUGAAGACAGUCAGGAACAACCUGGAGCCACUCUUCGAGACCUACAUCAACAACCUGAGGGUUCAGCUGAACAGUUUGCUGAGCGACAAGGGCAGGCUGGAGGGAGAGUUAGUCAACACACAGUACCUGGUGGAGGACUUCAAGAAGAAGUACGAAGAUGAGAUCAACAGGCGCACGAUCGCCGAGAACGAGUUCGUGACGCUCAAGAAGGAUGUUGAUGCUGCCUACAUGAACAAGGUGGAACUGCAGGCCAGGGCCGAUGCCUUGACCGAAGAAAUCAACUUCCUGAGAGCCCUCUACGAGGCUGAGCUGUCUCAGAUGCAGACGCAGAUCUCCGACACCUCUGUGGUGCUGACCAUGGACAACAACCGGAACCUGGACCUGGACAGCAUCAUCUCAGAGGUCAAGGCACAGUAUGAGGACAUUGCCAACAGGAGCAGGGCUGAAGCAGAGUCCUGGUACCAAACCAAGUAUGAGGAGCUGCAGGCCACGGCAGGCAGGCAUGGGGACGACCUCCGCAACACCAAGCAGGAGAUCUCGGAGCUGAACCGCCACGUCCAGAGGCUGCGCUCCGAGAUCGACAGUGUGAAGAAGCAGUGUGCCAACCUGAAAGCAGCCAUCGCGGACGCGGAGGAGCGCGGGGAGAUGGCCCUCAAGGAUGCCAAGGCCAAGCUGGCAGAGCUGGAGGAUGCCCUGCAGCAGGCCAAGGCUGACCUGGCCAGGCAGCUGCGGGAGUACCAGGAGCUGAUGAAUGUCAAACUGGCUCUGGACAUCGAGAUUGCCACCUACAGGAAGCUGCUGGAGGGAGAAGAGUGCAGGCUGGCUGGAGAUGGUGUCCCAGUGAACAUCUCUGUGACCAGAACAACAGUGGGAACAGGCUAUGGAGGAGGAAGCAACCUCAGCAUGGGAGGAAUCUGCAGCAUGGGGAACAGCUUCAACUGUGGGAGUGGUCCUGGGCUGAGCAGCAGCACCCUGGGUGGUGGCAGCAGCUCCAGCGUGAAGUUUGUCUCCACUUCCUCCACCAGGAGAAGCUACAGAAGCUAAAAGUUGCCUUCCAGACACCUUGGGUGGCCAGAAGACACCUUCAGGCUGGUUCUUCACUUGAGCCCAGUGGGGGCCAGCAGGAUGAGGGCCACCUAAACCCUCUCUCUUGUCACAGCUCCUCUCCUGAGGAGCUCCCUCUCCGCUGCGUCGUCUCCCGCGCCUCGUGUGGGGCUCUGCUGCUGGAGCCUGACCGAGUCUGGCACUUUGCAACCUGCUUUGUCCCAGCUCAGCACUGUUGUCCUUUUGGGGGGGGUUGUGUGGAUUGUUUUGUUGCUGGGGGAGGGGGCCCAGAGUUUGUACAUAAAAUGUGUCCUGUGCCUUUGCCUCUCCUCCCUCGCUGCUCUCUGUCCAAUAAAGAUGCAAGUUGUCAUUUCCA